UUUGUUUAUAAAUUUCUUGAAGUUUCCAGUAAACAGCAGCAUCUUCUCUUUACAACAAUGGCAACCUCCACAUCCCUAAAAUGUUCAUCAUACAAAAAAUACGAGACCCGAACCAGAAACCCAGACCCGAAAUCAUCAGUUCUGUUAGUCAUCGACGCCCAAAACUAUUUCUCCUCAAUUCUCAAACCAAUACUCCCUAACCUUCUCAAAACCAUACACCUCUGUCGCCAUGCAAACAUCCCAAUUUUCUUCACGCGCCACCGUCACCAGUCUCCUGCUGAUUACGGCAUGUUAGGAGAGUGGUGGGAUAACGAGUUGGUUAUGGACGGCACCGUUGAAUCUCAGCUGAUGCCGGAGAUUGAGGGGGCGGUAGUGAAGAAAGAAUAUGAAGUGGUGGAGAAGAAUACGUACAGUGCUUUUGCUAAUACGGGGCUUUAUGAGAGGUUGACGGAGAUGGGCGUGGAGGAGGUGAUUGUGAGCGGAGUUAUGACGAAUUUGUGCUGUGAGACGACGGCGCGUGAUGCGUUUGUGAGAGGGUUUAGAGUGUUUUUCUCGACGGAUGCCACGGGGACUGUUGACGCAGAGUUGCAUGAGGCAACUUUGAAGAAUUUGGCUUAUGGGUUUGCUUAUUUGGUUGAUUGUCAAAGGCUAGAAAAUGUAUUUUCUGGGAAUUAAGGGUUUUUUUUCUAUUAAUAUUGUGUUUGGUUUUUAUUUUUACGGGAAGAAAUAAUGUGUAAUUAUAUGAAAAUCAAAUAAUAUGUAAAAUAAAAUAACGUGUACUUUUUGUUUGAAA